UGGUGGAGAAGAAAGCAAAGCAGAAGAGAGAGAGAAACGUGGCACAAUUCCCCAUGGGAAGGAUUUAACUUUUCACUCGCACACACAAAACACAGUUGCACAUUGCUUCAACCUUAUAACUUAACCCCGCCAUAGCUAUCGACGGUCCCUCUCUGCCGCCAAAACUAAUCGAACCCCCCAAACCCUGGCCGCCAUAUAUGAUAUAUUCGCACCCUUUGAAUCUCUGUCGCUCGCGCGCUCGCUCGGUUGUCCACCUCCAAUCUUUCUCUGAGUCGCCAAGUCCAAGCGGCUGAACUAGUAUUCCAGUUUUGUAGUGAGGAAAUGCUUUGAGGAAAACUGGGAUAAACUAGUAGAGCAGCAGUCCAUUAUACUUUUAGUGCUACCUGUUGCAUUCUGAAGCUGUUGCAGUAGACAUUCAAGUGAUCAUGGGGUCAGCCUGUUGUGUUGCUUCAAGGGAUAAAACCGUACCCCACAGGGCUGGAGGUGAAGGUUCACAUGGGAAUGCCAUAGAUUCACCAUCAUGGAGCUUCCGGCGGGAUAAUAGAGGACAUGUGGCUGGAAAAAUUGAGAAUCCUUUGUAUCAGGUCUCUCAUGGAGUCAGCGGGAAUGUUAGCAUGGAGUUAAAGGGGUCUUUAGGUUCUGAAAGAGGUAUUUUAUCUGAUGGGGGAAGCCUUAUGGAGAAUUUUGGAACACCCACCUCUCUGAAGUCUCCAGCUCAUGAAGGAACAGAUGUGAAUCUGAUGACUCCGCAUUCAGAUCUGUCCACAGCAAGCAAUUUUUCUACAGAGGUGAAGAACCUAGCAGAAUCACCAGAAAUUGCAGAUUCGGCCGCACCUAAUCAUUCCAUAUUCUCCAUGCUUUCUGCUCUUUCAGCACCAUCUAUUGAUACUCUGCCUACCCCUACUUAUCCACUUCCUAAGUCAACCCCAUCAAGACGGGCCCGGCGAUCACCAGGAUACCAGCUUAUGAGACAGUUCUCUGAUAGUAGAAUCUUGCGACUGAAAUCGCCAAAUAACAACUCGAUGUCUGAAGGAAGACCAUCUCUUGUACUUUCCACUGGCAGCAACGACUUAGCCACUGGAUCCCAAUGUGGAUCUUCUGAUGGCUGGUCAAUCCGCACAUUUUCUGAGCUUGUGGCAUCUUCACAACGAGAGAGGUGGUCUUUUGACAGUGAACACUUUGGCUCUGGCCGUGGCAAGAUAAGUGGAUCUAGCAGCAGGUUCUCAUAUUCGCCCUCUGUAGAAUUGCAUUGUUGUGGGGCCUGCUCAAAGCUCCUAACAGAGAGAUCUUCAUGGAGCAGCCAGAAAUUGCUUAUCGGCAACGAGGUACCAGUGGCUUCUGUGCUGGUCUGUGGGCAUGCUUACCAUGCUGAGUGCCUGGAGAUUAUGACAGCAGAGACUGACCGGUAUGACCCGCUUUGCCCAAUUUGUUCGGUUGGCGAGAUGGAAGUCUCAAAGAUGUCCAAAAGAGCUUUAAGGAUAGACGCAGAGUCAAAGGCAAAGAGCCAUAAGAUUUUCAAAAAUCGGGUUGUGGAUAGUUACCUUGAUUGUGAUUUUGAUGUUUUUGAUUGCCAAAAAGACGCUGAACGCAAAGGAAAAGUUCCCAAGAUGGAACCCAGUUCUAGCACCAGGAGCCUAGUCUCGAAGCCUUUCUUGAGGCGGCACUUUUCAAUUGGGUCCAAAUGGAGUAGGUCCCUGUCAGAGAACGACUCUGCCCGGAAGAAGGGUUUCUGGGCAAGAUAUCGUAGGGAUUGAGCUUCUAAUCUGGAAGGUGGUGAGAACCUUUCUUAUUAUAAGUUGUUACACAAGCAUUUACGAUUUUUCUUCUUUAAUGUAGUCUAGAUUCGGUAAUAAAUUUAUUUUAACUAUUAUUCCC